AUAGAUGUCUUCAGAUACUAAUUUUAUCUCAAAAAUAUUUUUGCCAGCUUUUUUUUUAAUAAAUAAUUAAAAGUCGCUAAAACCAAUGUAGUUAUUUAAAAAGAUGUCACCUAAAACCGCUUACAAGAAUGUUAAUCAAGACGUAAUUCUAUCUUUCUUGCAAUUUUAAUGGUAUUAACGGGUAUGAAUAAAAUGGGUGACUCGAUGAUGCAUCCCCAUCAUCAUCCGCCAAUUAUUGGUAUAGCGGAUGAACGACAAUUACAAGAAUUUGCCAAUAUGACGCUAGAACAACGUAUGAUACAUUUGGAAAAUUUAAUUGUUGGUGGGCCACCGGACCAGUGUUUGAGUAUUGAUGCGUUAGUGGAUGUAUUAUUGGUGCUUUACUCGGAAUGUUGUAAUUCAAGUUUAAGACGCGAAACCACUGUUUCACAUUUUAUUGAUUGGGUAAAACCAAUUGCACAGUAUAUAAAAACAUUACGAUUAUGUCGCGAUGAUUUUGAAAUAAUCAAAGUAAUUGGUCGUGGUGCUUUUGGUGAAGUGUGUGUUGUUAAAAUGAAAACAUCAGAAAAAGUUUAUGCAAUGAAAAUUUUAAAUAAAUGGGAAAUGUUGAAACGGGCUGAAACUGCAUGCUUUAAAGAGGAACGUGAUGUUUUAGUGUAUGGUGAUCGUCGUUGGAUUACAAAUUUACAUUAUGCGUUUCAAGAUGAGAAUAAUUUGUAUCUAGUCAUGGAUUAUUAUUGUGGUGGGGAUUUAUUAACGCUACUUAGUAAAUUUGAAGAUCGUUUACCUGAAGAAAUGGCAAAAUUUUAUAUUGCCGAAAUGAUUCUUGCAAUCAGUUCAAUACAUAAUUUGCAUUACGUUCACAGGGAUAUAAAACCUGAUAACGUUUUACUCGAUGCAAAUGGUCAUAUACGUUUGGCCGAUUUUGGUAGUUGUUUAAAAUUAAUGGAGGAUGGUACUGUGCAAUCAAAUGUCGCUGUCGGAACACCAGAUUAUAUAUCACCAGAAAUACUACGUGCUAUGGAAGAUGGUCAAGGUCGCUAUGGUCCCGAAUGUGAUUGGUGGUCGCUAGGAGUGUGUAUGUAUGAAAUGUUAUAUGGUGAGACGCCUUUCUAUGCCGAAAGUUUAGUGGAAACUUAUGGGAAAAUUAUGAGUCAUAAAAAUUGUUUUGAUUUACCAAACGACCCAUGUUUUGACGUAUCUGAUAAUGCUAAAGAUUUAAUACAACGUUUAAUAUGUAGUUCAGAAUAUCGUCUAGGGCAAAAUGGUGUUGACGAUUUUAAGAAUCAUCCAUGGUUUAAUGGUGUAAACUGGGAUGAAAUUCGAAAUAGCACAGCACCAUAUAUCCCUGAGGUUUCCAGUCCAACAGAUACAUCAAAUUUUGACGUAGAUGAAACAGAAGUACGAAUUUCAGACGCUGUACCUCCAACAGCUAAUUCCGCAUUUACUGGACUUCAUUUACCAUUUAUUGGAUUUUCAUUUACACAAGGUAGUUGUAUGUCCGACUUAGGACGAUCCAUAUCAAAAAAAUUUCCAACAACAAAUAUCAGUGAAAAACAAUUAGAACAUUUAGAAUUAGAAAAUCAAAGUCUUAUUAAGAAUUUAGCUGAAGUAAAAAGUUUAGUAUUAUCACAAAAUUCAAAUUCAGAAAUUGAAAAGAAAAGUUCACCAGACGGUACAAGAAAAUUACAAGAUGAAAUUAAUACGUUAACAAAACGCAACUCAGAAUUAGAAUCUAAGUUAAUUCAAUUACGUUCAGAAUCAAAUGUCACGCGUGAUGUUACAACUGGUAACGAUAGUUUCGAAUCCGUUAAUAUUAAAGAUUUAGAAAAAUUAGUGCGAAUAUUGAAGCAAGAGAAAGAGGAAUUGGUUAAAGAGAAAAUUGAUUUACAAGAGAAAUUAAAAAUUCAAGAUAAAGAAUUACGUGAUGCGUUAACACAACGUAAAUUAGCUAUGGCUGAAUAUACGGAGGUUACCGAUCGAUUGUCUGAGCUUCGACAACAAAAACAAAAGUUAUCACGACAAGUACGUGAUAAAGAGGAAGAAGUUGAGGCGGCAAUGGCUAAAAUUGAUGGGCUACGUGCUGAUAUACGUAAAGCUGAAAAAGCUCGACGUGAAUUGCAAAUUAGUUUGGAUGAUGCAUUAGCUGAAACUGUUCGGGAACGCAAAUUACGUGAACGGUCGGACGAUUAUUGUCAACAGGCCCAAGCUGAAAAUGAUCGACUACGCGCGUCUACACGGAAUUCAGAUGGUUUAUCUUCAGUGGGUAAUAAUGUUGCUGUUCAGGAAGUAUCAAGGCUACAAGCGGAAGUUGAAAGGCUGGAGGUUCAAUAUAAUGAGAAUUUAGCACAGCAACAAGCUCGAUACAACAUGGAAAUAUCAGGACUUCGAGAACAAUUGCAUGAAGUUGAAAACCAUCGUGAUAUGUUAGAAACUGAGUUAAAAGAAACCAUGAAUCGAGUACAAAAUGAACGACAUCAAUUAGAAACCGAAUAUGAAGAUUUACGAAGUAAAAAAGAUGCAAUUGUACAAUGGGAACAUCAAAUUACCGAAAUUAUUCAAUGGGUAAACGACGAAAAAGACGCUCGAGGAUAUUUACAAGCAUUAGCAACUAAAAUGACCGAAGAGCUAGAAUACUUAAAACAUACAGGUGUUUCAUUACAAUCAGGAUCAGCUGAUAAAAAUUGGCGUAAUCGACGAUCACAAAAAUUGGAUAAAAUGGAAUUGUUAAAUUUACAAAGUAGUUUACAAAGUGAGAUUCAAGCGAAACAAGCUAUCAAUGAAGAAUUAUCAACAACGCGAUCAGAAUUGAUUGCUGCACAAAAAGAACUACGUGAAUUUCGUCAACAAUUUAAUAAUUUGGCCGAGGAUGUUAAAAAUAAGGAAUUGCAGUUAAAAGAAUUGCAAAAUCGUUUAGAUUCAGGAGAAGGAUCUGCUACGUCUGGAGUGACGGAUGGAAAUCUGCGACCCGCUGAUGUUUUGGAACGACCUUCGUCGCAAAUGUCAUACUUGGAUCAAUUUUUAAGUAAUCAAAAGAGUGCUAGUCAACAAUCGAUCACCGUACCCCAACAACAAUCGUCUUCAACUACUGGUCAACAAUCAAAUGCAGCCAUGUUGUAUCAUGGUGGUUCCAUUGAAAGUGAAGAAGGUGAUAUUGAAGAUAAUCGUGCCCUAUCCAUUACUAGUUCCAAAUCCAAUUUAUCUGAAUUAAGUUUGGAACAUCAACAUCCACCAUCAAUACCUAGUCAUCAUGGAAGUCAUAUCAUACCUGGUACACCAUCAAGCCAAAUACAUCAUCGUACUCAUCAAUUCUUAGUGCGAACAUUUUCCGCACCCACAAAAUGUAGCCAUUGUACAUCUUUAAUGGUUGGUUUAGCACGGCAAGGUGUUGUGUGCGAAGUAUGUGGGCUAGCAUGUCACGCUGCGUGUUGUCAUAAAUUACCAACAACAUGUCCCAUACCAGCACAUCAAACUAAACGACCGUUAGGUAUUGAUCCAACGCGUGGAAUUGGUACUGCGUAUGAAGGUUACGUGAAAGUACCAAAACAAGGUGGUGUUAAAAAAGGUUGGAUACGACAAUUUGUUGUUGUAUGUGAUUUUAAAUUAUUUCUGUAUGAUAUAUCACCGGAUCGUAAUGCGUUACCCAGUGUAUGGGUAUCACAAGUGUUAGAUAUGCGAGAUCCCGAGUUUACUGUUAGUGGUGUACGAGAGUCAGAUGUUAUACAUGCUGCGAAAAAGGAUAUUCCUUGUAUAUUUAGGAUAACAACAUCAUUGAUUGAAGCACCAGGCCCAAAAAAUCAUACGUUAAUGUUAGCUGACACAGAAAAUGAGAAAACGAAAUGGGUUGUUGCAUUAACUGAAUUACAUCGAAUUCUCAAACGUAAUAAUCUUCCAAAUACAUGUAUCUUCCAUGCCAGAGAAUUAUUAGAUAAUACAGUUAGUAUUACGAAGAAUGCUAUGUCAGGUAUUAUAAUUGAUUCAGAUCGCCUUGUUAUUGGUGCCGAAGAAGGUUUAUUUUGUGUGGAUUUAGAUCAUAGUGAAAUUGCUAAAGUUGGUGAAAGUAAAAAAAUUUAUGAACUUUGGUACAUUGCUGAUGAACAAUUGAUUGUUGUCGUCAGUGGUAAACAACGACAUGUUCGUUUAGUACCGGUUCGUGCAUUAGAUGGUGCUGAUGUUGAAUGGAUAAAAGUUGCUGAAAGUAAAGGAUGUAUAACAUUAACUGCUGGACCAAUUAUGUCAAGGUCUCCAUCCACACAAUCUUUGUAUUGUUUAUGUGUGGCUACAAAAAAACAGAAUGCGUCACAAAUUAUAAUAUAUGAAAUAACACGCACAAAAUCACGGCAUCGACGACUUAGGGAAAUUAAUUUUACAACAAUAGUACAAUCGUUACAAAUACUAUCAGAUGGACGAUUAUGUGUUGGAUAUCAAACUGGUUUUUCAGUUUAUUCAAUUUUAAUGGAACAAAAUCCAAUGCCUUUAAUUCAUCCGGAAAAUCAAUUACGUGCAUUCCUACAAUAUAGUGGUUGUGAUGCAUUAUGUGCCAUAGAAUUAUCACGUGGUGAAACAUUAUUAGUAUUUAGAACAUUAGCUGUUUAUGUUGAUGUUAGUGGACGUAAAAGUCGUGAAACUGAAAUUAUGUAUCCAGCCGUACCACAUGCAGUUUGUCACAAUGAUGGAUUCUUAUUGGUAUUUAGUGAAACACAUUUAGACUUUUUUAAUGUAAAUACCGGUGAAUGGGUACAAACAUUAAAUGUCAAACGUGCAAAACCAUUGGAUUCAAAAGGUUUUCUUGUUAAUUGUUUAGUCAAUGAAUUACCAAAUGUAAUUCAGUUAGGAAAUAGUCAUCAACAUGGUUUACUUAAUAUCAACACGUAUGAUAGAAUUCAAAGACCAACACGCCGAUUUUCAAUGCGAGAAGGAAAUCGUACGCAACGAAUAUUGGAUCGUCGUUCAAAAUUAAUAUCAGCACCAACAAACUUUAAUCAUAUUUCACAUAUGGGCCCUGGUGAUGGUAUCCAAAUACAACGUUUAAUUGAUUUAACUACUACUGUAGAGACUGCAGGUCCAGCUCCAGGUCCUACUAGCAUUCAACAACAGCAACAGCAACAACCGUCCUCUUAUUUGUCACAACAUUCAAUACAUAGGCCUACAAAAUCUGCCCCGUUACCUCCAAAACCGAGACCACUACAACCUCCAGCACCACCCCCAACCGCUUAUAACGGAGGAGGUUCUGGUGGUAUUGGUUCAUCAUCAACAACGUCACAUGGUCCACCGUCUUCCACGGGUACGACAAAAUCUUCACAUAGCCGAGGUGGUGUUGGUGGAGAUCGAACUUCUAGUCUUAUAUCUCUUCAUGAUAACAUGAAGCCCGAGCGAACGAGUCCACGUCAUUCAAUAGCAAGUAAUAACAGUUCAAAUUUAUCAACACCUCCAUCCCCGCAAGCAGAUCAUCAUAAUAGUUCAAGUUAUGAUAGCUAGAGAAUGGUUACUAGCGCACUAAGAUAUGCGCGCGACGCAAUAUUUAUUACAAAAUACGAUCAACAACAUAUACAUAUACACAUAAUAGAUAGUGAUUAUUAUUUAUUAAUAAUUAAUCAAUCAAUCAAGUUUAUUAAUAUUGAUAUGAUUGUUAGAAUUUUUUAUUUAUAAAAAAGGUACGUAAAUAAUAUUUAAAAAGAAAAAUUUAGAAUACAACUACUACGGGAUCCUUUCGAAAAUUUCCCAGACUGGGUUAUGACGUUACAUCUGCAUCUAACAAAAAAAAUUAGUAUAUCGAUAGUUAGUUUGUUCGAAGGCAAAGUAUACGGAUUAAUAUUACAUAGGGCGUAUCUUAAAAAUGCAACAAAAUUUUUAACUUGAUUUUGAUCAAUUCAAGAAAUUUUUUUCCCAAAUAUCGCUGUUGAAAAUAGAGUUACCAGAUACCAAAGCUUAUUAAAAUUUCCAGGAAGUUAAUAGACAUGAUUUUAGGUCGAAGUAAUCUUUAAUAAACAUACAUGAGUAUAAAAUGUGCAAAUAGAAUAUUUAUUUCAUUAUUAGCCAUAGUUUAAAUUUUUUUUAAAUUAAUGCACAAAAAAGUUAUCAAGCAAGGAGAGGAGGUAGUUUACCUCGUUAUAUUCUGAAGCCUACUUUUUAACCCUCUUCUCCAACGUAUCAUCCUCAGUUAUGAGUGAGAUCAGAAUCAUAAAUAUGAGAUCAAAAUUGACGCAAUCUAGCAUAUCUUAUAAAAUCUAUUUAAGGCAUUAUAAAAAUUUAGAUUUUUUAUAACAAGGCAAGUACCGACUCGUUCUCUUGCUCAAAAUGUCAUUCAAAAUUUAUUGAUCUCAUGGAAUGACAAUUAUUUUACAUUUUCGAUAUUAUUGCUGAAAAAAGGUUGAAGGUUCACGAAACAAAAGUUGGCUUCCCUCUCUAUUGGGACUCCGCUUUACAAUACUCGUAAAUUCGUGUUUUUGCUAAAAUGAAGAUAAUUCAUUUGCAAUACAAAAUUUGAAGCAAAGUCCUUACUCAAUCAUUUCAUUUAUUGUAAACAAAAUGCAAUACUAAGGUAUACUGCUUUCUGAAAAUGCUGUAAACAGAUUUCAAUAAUCAGUUAUUUUAGGCAUAAAAUUAAGAAGAGACUAAAAAAACUUAUUUAAUCAUGACCGCGAACAAAUCCUUAUAAUUUUUUGAAAAAAUUUGUGUUGCUCUGACUCAUAGGUAUUGCUUUGACUAGUAACCACGUGAAAAAGGGUAAGAUGAAGUUAGCUUAUGAUUUUGAAAAAAUGGAAAUUUUUAAUGUAAAUUAUAUUAGUAAAUUUUCGAAUAGCAAUCGUGUCGAAGGUGUCUUCGUGUGUUCCGGGAGUUAUCGUUUGGAAUCCACCCGAAACAUAUUCUUUUUAUAACAUUGGAAAAUAACAAAAUACUAAUUUUAUUUGUAACUUGAAGUUAAUUUUUUUUAACUAAAGAUAAUUUCAUCUUAUCAAGAUAAUCGCAGCUUAAUCUCUCUCGCAGAAUUUACAAAAAUGAAAAAAAUGUGUGUUAAUCUGUUA